AUGUCCCUGCUGCCUGGCACCGUGGGCUUGGCAGGCCUGUUCUUCUGGGCAGGCCAGACAAUGAACACCUUGAUGCCCAAUGCCACCCUGGCACUGGCCCAGACCAAGGGCACAACUGUGUGGCCCCUGAGUGGCCUGGGGGUGCCCAGGUACCUGUGGAAGCGCCACAUCUCCGCCCGGGACAUGAAUGCCUUACUGGAUUAUCACAACCACAUCCGGGCCAGCGUGCACCCACCUGCUGCCAACAUGGAGUUUAUGGUCUGGGAUGAGCAGCUGGCCAGGUCUGCUGAGGCCUGGGCCACCCAGUGCAUUUGGUCCCACGGGCCCCCACAGCUGAUGAGAUACGUGGGCCAGAACCUCUCCAUCCAUUCUGGCCGGUACCGCUCGGUGGUGGAUCUCGUGAAGUCUUGGUCUGAGGAGAAGCGAAAUUACUCGUUUCCGGCCCCGAGGGACUGCACCCCGCACUGCCCCUGGCGCUGCAGUGGCCCCGUCUGCUCCCACUAUACCCAGAUGGUGUGGGCAUCCUCCAAUCGGCUGGGCUGUGCCAUCCACACCUGUAGCAGCAUCAAGGUCUGGGGCAGCACCUGGCACCAGGCUGUGUACCUGGUCUGCAACUACGCCAUUAAGGGUAACUGGAUCGGCGAGGCACCGUACAAGAUGGGGAGGCCGUGUUCCGCCUGCCCGCCCAGCUACCAAGGCAGCUGCAACAGGAACAUGUGCUUCUCUGGGCUCAAGUUCAACCGGCUCCCGCGGAUCUGAAGU